GUAACUCUAGCGAAUAUGUCUGGUCGUGGUAAAGGAGGCAAGGGUCUUGGGAAAGGAGGCGCUAAGCGCCAUAGGAAGGUGUUGAGGGAUAACAUCCAGGGUAUUACGAAACCCGCUAUUCGCCGUUUGGCUCGUCGUGGGGGAGUGAAGCGUAUUUCAGGCCUCAUUUACGAGGAGACUCGUGGGGUACUGAAAGUGUUUCUGGAGAACGUGAUCCGAGAUGCUGUUACUUACACCGAGCAUGCGAAGCGGAAGACUGUGACUGCUAUGGACGUUGUUUAUGCAUUGAAGCGCCAGGGUCGUACUCUGUACGGAUUUGGAGGCUAAGCUGUACCGGUAAUUCUUUUCAAAAACAUCUAUAACCCAAAGGCUCUUUUCAGAGCCACC